CACAAUACGCUUGUCAUUGGUUCGCCAACCCUGCACUAGUCGACGCGCGCGCGCACGUUGACUCACUCACGCCUUCAGUCUCGUUGUGGCUGUUGUUAGAGAUACUUGUGUCGCUGCUGUAACUACGACGUCAGUGCGCAAUUUUCAAAUUAUGAACGGGCGGUAUCUAGUAACAGCAGUAGUGCUGGCGCUGGCAGCCUUGUCAUCGGCCAGUGUGGUGAAGCCACCAGGAGACACCUUCGAGCUCCUCAUCCUCCACAACAAUGACAUGCACGCGCGGUUCGAGCAGACCUCCCAGCAAGGAGGGACCUGCACCACUGCUGACAGGGAGGCAGGAAAGUGCUACGGAGGUUUUCCUAGAGUUGCCCAUGUUGUGAAGGAAGCAAGGAAAGCGGCGCAGUCAGGCGAAGGUCCACCAGUCCUGUACCUGAACGCUGGAGACACGUACACCGGUACAGCAUGGUUCACCAUCUACAAAUGGAAGAUCGCUGCGGAAUUCGUGAACGCACUCCAACCUGAUGCUGUAUCACUCGGCAACAAUGACGUCGACAAGAAUACAUUGCAAGUAUCACCAUUCUUGGAAAGCUUACAAACACCAAUUUUGGCUAGCAACGUUGUAUUAAAAUCUACUGAAGGAAAAGUUAAAAUCCAAAAAUCCAUUGUGUUUGAUGUUGAAGGUGUUAAAGUUGGAGUAGUUGGAUAUUUAACACCAAACAAUAAUAUUUUGGACAGUUUUGGAAAAAUUGAAUACAUCGAUGAAGUUAUAGCAGUGGCGGACGAGGUAAAACAACUUCAAGCUUCAGGAGUCAAAAUCAUCAUCGCUUUGGGUCACUCAACUUUAGCUAAAGAGCAAGAAAUAGCUAAGUAUGUUCCUGGUAUCGAUCUAGUUAUUGCUGGCAACAAAAACACAUUCUAUUGGGACGGUCAAACUGUUACCGACGAACACAAACCCAUAGUUGUGACACAGGCAUCAGGAAAACAAGUGCCGAUUAUUCCAUCGACAGCUUACAAUAAAUACCUCGGUAGUAUUAAAGUCACUUUCGAUGAUAACGGAGAAAUUUCAGAAUACAAUGCUAAACCUAUCCUCUUGGACGAUUCGGUUCCUCAACCCAAAGAAGAUGUACAGUUGCUCGAAAUACUAUCUCUUGAUCUUCCUAGAAAUACAGAAGUACUUGGACAAACAUCUGUCGUACUCGACGGGCAAUCUUGUUCCAGUGAAGAAUGUAACCUCGGAAACUUAGUCACUGACGCCAUUGUGUACUAUUACGCUGUGAACUACGAGGGUGUGAGAUGGACUGAUGCUCCAAUAGCAAUCGUUCCCAGUGGUGCUUUCGCAAGUCACUCGAUUGCACCACCCAAUAGACCUGCUGAUGUAACAAGAGCUGAUUUGCUUGCCGCUAUGCCCUUGGAAAGUAACCUCGUGGCUGUAACUAUGAACGGACAAGUCCUGAAACAGGUUCUAGAACACUCUGUAAACGAUGACAAUGUUUCUAGUUUCUUACAAUUUUCUGGAUUACGCGUAGUGUAUAGAAUGAAAAAUCCACAAGGAUCUAGACUGGUAAGCGCUGUUGUCCGUUGCUGGGAAUGCAAUGUUCCGAUGUUUUAUGAAGUCGAAGAUAACAGAAGCUAUAAAAUAUUGAUGCCAGCAGCUAUGGCUAACGGAGAAUAUGGAUAUUCAAUGCUGACUGACCUACCAAAAAUUGAGCUUGAUUAUGAUGAGGUCACUUGUACCGCAGAAUUCAUAAAAUUGAGGAGCCCUGUUUACCCAGAAAUAGAUGGACGGAUUUGUCUUGGAAACCACGAAUUUGAUAAUGGCGUAUCAGGACUCUCUCCGUUUAUAACAAAUCUUACAUGCCCAGUUCUAGCCGCCAAUCUCAAUCUCACAAAUGUGCCCGAGUUACAGAGUCAAAGCAAUUUAAUGAAUUCAGUUGUAUUAGAUAUAAAUAAUACUAAAAUUGGUAUCGUUGGGUACUUAACACCAGAUACCAAAUUCCUGGCUAUAAGAAAUAAUGUUGAAUACAUAGAUGAGAUAGUAGCGGUGCGAAAUGAAGUGGCUUUACUUAAAUCUAAAGGAGUGAACAUAAUCAUAGCACUCGGUCACUCAGGUUUUGUAAAGGACUUAGAAAUAGCAAGAGACGUGGAAGAUAUUGAUCUUGUCAUAGGCGGUCACACUAAUACUUUUUUAUGGAAUGGAAAUGUAACAGAUUCAGACAUUCCUGACGGUCCUUAUCCCACUAUGGUGGAACAAAGUUCUGGCAGAUUGGUGCCUGCAGUGCAAGCUUAUGGAUUCACUAAAUAUCUUGGAAAACUACACAUGAUAUUCAACGCUGACGGUGAAAUAAACAGCAUUGAUGGAAAUCCUAUACUCUUAGAUAAUUCUAUUUCCCAAGACCCAGCAGUUUUAGAAAUUGUUAAUUACUAUCAGGAGAGUGUCCAAAACAUUACUGAGCAAGUUAUUGGAAAUACGUCAACAUUUGUAGAUGGUCAUUCAUGUCGGAUAAAAGAAUGUAACAUGGGUAACUUUAUGGCCGAUGCUAUAAUCCAUAAUUACGCUUCAACUUACAGAGGGCAAGGUUGGACUGACGCUCCUAUCGCUAUCGUCCACAGUGGUGGUAUAAGAUCAUCAUUCGAAAUACAAGAUUCAAUAACCAAUAUUACGAAAGGAGAUACUUUACGUGUCAUGCCCUUUGACGGUAUUUUAGUUAAAAUUCAAAUAGAUGGUCAAACUAUAUUGAAGAUGUUAGAACAUUCUGUUCGAAACUAUAAUGCUUCGUUCCCAUCGGGACAUUUCUUGCAAAUGUCAGGAAUGAAAGUCAAAUACGACAUGAGCCAACUUCCUGACAGUAGGGUUAUGAAUGUUUCUGUGCAAUGUGGCUAUUGUUUGUAUCCUGAAUAUAGUACUCUGAACGAGACAGAAGAAUACAAUAUCUUGAUGCCUGCCUUUUUAGCAAACGGGGGUGAUGGUUUCAAGUCUUUGGGGAACCAUGAAUUCGACAAUGGAAUAUCUGGUCUAACACCGUUCGUUGAAAACCUCACGUGUCCAAUACUUGCAGCUAAUUUAAUUCUAACCAAAGAACCCGAACUACAAGCUAAGAAAAAUUUAAUGGACUCUGUAGUAUUUGACAUUAACGGUACUAAAAUUGGAGUCAUUGGUUAUUUAACUCCUGAUACAAAAGUAUUGGCUAUUAGAAAUGACGUUGAAUACGUUGAAGAAGUGAUAGCUAUUCAAAAAGAAGCUGCCAGACUUAAAGAAUUUGGAGUAAAUAUUCUUAUUGCUCUGGGACAUUCUGGUUUCACUAAAGACUUAGAAAUAGCUGAAAAAGUAGAAGAUAUCGAUGUCGUUAUAGGUGGACAUACUAACACGUUUUUAUGGAAUGGUACCAGUCCUGACAUUGAGAAACCAGAAGGCAUGUACCCGACGCUUGUAAAACAAAAAUCUGGAAGACUAGUUCCGGCUGUACAAGCUUACGCAUACACCAAAUAUCUAGGUAAACUUCACAUCAUAUUCGAUGCAAAUGGCGAAAUAAUCAGUUCUGAUGGUAAUCCUGUACUUUUGGACAAUUCAGUGCCUCAAGAUCCAGAUGUAUUAACAAUUGUAAAUCGUUAUCGUGAAAGUAUGUUGCAAAUAACGGAACAAAUAGUUGGAAAUACUUCAGUUGUACUGGAUGGGCAGACAUGCCGUUUGAGAGAAUGCAAUAUGGGGAAUCUGAUAACCGAUGCAAUGAUACAUAGAUAUGCUUCAGAAUACAGAGGAUAUGGCUGGACUGAUGCGCCAAUAGCUAUCAUCCAAGGAGGUGGAAUCAGAGCUACAGUUGCUCACAUUAAUUCACCAGCAAAUAUUACACAAGGAGAUCUCUUACGUGUGAUGCCUUUUGAUGGAAAUAUUGUAAAAAUAACAAUUAACGGCAGUGAUGUGUUGAAGAUGUUGGAGCAUUCAGUGUGGAAGUAUAAUACAAAGCGUGCUGUCGGUCAGUUUUUGCAAAUGUCUGGAAUGAUGGUAGAAUAUGAUUUUCGCAACGCACCUGGGAAAAGAGUAUCUAAAGUCUACAUGCGUUGUGGUGAAUGCACUAACCCUGAAUAUUCAGCGCUGAAUAAGACAGGAACGUACAAAAUACUGAUGCCAGCAUUUUUAUCGAUGGGUGGAGAUGGAUUUUCUAUGUUUGAUGGUCUACCUUCUACCCCUUUGAGUUACGAUGAGUUAGGGUCUACAAUCCAAUACGUGGAGAAUCACAGUCCUGUAUACCCAGCUGUUGAAGGCAGGAUUGUCAUACACAACCUCGACAAAUUACGUAACUCGGGAACCAAUUUAAAAUUGUCUGUACUAGCAGUCAUUGUAUUCCUUUAUACAUUGUUGUUUUAAAAUAUUUGUUUGUAACAAGAUCGAAAAUUGAAGAUGGUCAUUCAUCAUUAUACGUACGUAGAAUUUUAUUAAAAGCAGGGUUUGUACUUGUUAAAAUAACUAUAUUAUAUACCUAAGUUCUUAUAAAUAUCUUCGGUAGGUAAGUACUGUUUUAAUCUUUGUCUGUUUUCAAUAAACGCUAUUACCUAUA